GCCUGCCUUACCAGGGUCGGACUGAAGCUCAAGAAACGACAAGGAGAAGCGAACAUCUGGCCGCACAUCAUGAAAGGACAUCGGGGCUCAUAGGAGAUAAAGGACGACGAAGCGGGCGGGAAUACAUGUUAUGAAGGAAGAAUGGAGUUCCCAGACCAUAGCCGCCAGUUGCUGCAGUGUCUGAGUCAGCAGCGUCACCAAGGUUUCCUCUGUGACUGCACUGUUCUUGUCGGGGAGGCUCGAUUCAAAGCGCACAGAGCCGUGCUGGCCUCCUGCAGCAUGUACUUCCAUCUCUUCUACAGGGACCAGCUAGACAAAAGGGACGUUGUGCAUCUCAACAGUGACAUUGUGACAGCCCCGGCUUUCAGUCUGCUCCUUGAAUUUAUGUAUGAGGGGAAGUUGGAAUUCAGCACUCUGCCAGUGGAGGAUGUCCUGGCAGCAGCCAGUUACCUCCACAUGUAUGAUAUAGUGAAAGUGUGCAAAGGCAAGCUGAAAGAUAAGGAACUUUGCUCUCUGGAUGAAAAGAUGGGAGAGGGUCUGGGACUCAGCUGUCUGGACAGGGAAAAUUCCUCAGAUGGCGAGCUGCACAGUAAGCAGCUCAUUCGGCGACAGCCCCAGACACUGUCUCAGGGGCUUCACAGGGCCCCCCCAGCAGAAGAGUUUGACAUGGACAACAGUGAAGUCAGGCUGGCUGUCACAGAUUGUGAUAGGUCUACACAGAGCAGGCAGAAGGCAAACGGUCACUCUGGCAGGUCCCCGGACCUUGUAGGUGUCAAUUAUGUGUCAGCAGAGGCCGAGCCCUGCGUCCAAACAGCUGGAAAAACAAAAGCUGAUGUCAGUAGUUCCACCGUAUUGCUGUCCCAGAGGUCCCGGGCUUCAGAUGACAUGGACUGUGCACUGGAUUUGUCUUUCAAGCCUCUGUCUAGCAGAGAUCCCUUACACCCCUCCUACGUCUCGGGACAGCUGGCCCUCGACAGCCAGCAGCAGGGCACUGAGCCACUUGUUAAAGACGAACACGACUUGCUGUCAGAGCAGGAGGACAGUGAGCCGAUGAGCCCUGAGAGCCAGCGCUUUGGGAAUAGUGCCAGGAGCUCAGUGGUGACAGGGUUCGCUGCCCUCUUCCCAGGCAACAACGGCUCCACAGCCGCCCUGCUCUCCCAGGAGGAGGACCUGAUGGACGAGGAGGGGGAGGCCUGCAGGGGGAGGGAGGGCGCCCCAGGCAGGGAGGUGGAUGGGAGGGGUAGACUGCUGGGGGACAGUGAGGAGGAGGAGGAGGACGACCUGGCCUCCUCAGACAUCUCCACCUCCAGUGGGGUGCUCCUGCCCCCGGGGCAACAGGUGUGUGUGUGUCCCCUCUGCAGUAAAGUCUUCCCCAGCCCCCAUGUGCUGCAACUGCACCUCAGCUCACACUUCCGCGAGAAGGACGGCGCCCGGUCCAAGCUGUCCCCCGACGGCUCGGUCCCCACCUGCAUGCAGUGCAACAAGACCUUCUCUUGCAUGUACACUCUCAAGCGCCACGAGCGCACACACUCUGGCGAGAAGCCAUAUACCUGUGGCCAGUGUGGCAAGAGCUUCCAGUACUCCCAUAACUUGAGUCGGCACGCUGUAGUUCACACGCGUGAGAAGCCUCACGCUUGUAAGUGGUGCGAGCGGCGUUUCACUCAGUCUGGGGACCUCUACCGCCACAUCAGGAAGUUUCACUGUGGCCUUGUCAAGACUCUCGCCAUUGGAUAAAACACCUCUCACCAGUGCCAUGACAUAAGACAGAGUGUCUUUUCAUACACUGAAUACUACUACUGAACAAUUUUCCCAUUAGUACACACACAUGUCGGCAGUUUGUUGGAAACAUAUCUUUUUGGAUUCUACCCCAUGUGGCAUUUCUCAAGUUAAAGAUGUAGCAACUUUAAACUGGAGCUGUUUUCUGUGCCGGACCGUGUCGUGGGCAUACGUGACGGUCAGAGGCGGUCGGUUUGAGGUGCACAGGCUGUUAAGAUAAAAAACUGGGUGCUGUGAAACUCAAAAGCUGGAUGUGUGUCGACAAAGGUGAACAAAUCAGAUGAUGCACUUGUUUGUUUCUGUCUUGUUUGUGUCGGUCUGUCGAGUUUAUUUGAGGAGUGUAUUUGCUGAAAGGAAAAGCCUCCUGUGUUCGUACCCUAUGAGCAAAUGGGCGAUAGCUAAUGCUAACAUACGUUAAUACAAUCGUCAGAGAGACUUUAUUUGUGCACAUGGGAGAUCAGAACCGUCCGUGAGUAGCAAUAUAUGAUUUUUUUUUUAACACCUACAUUAUUAUUAUUAUUGUUAUUAUUAUUAUUAUUAUUAUUUAUUUUUGGGGGAUUUUAGUCCUUAACAAGUAAACUAUCAUAAGGCAGCAAAACUAAUGAAGUCUGACUACUGGAAGUAUGAUUUUUGUUUAUGGAAGUAGAGUUUUUAUUUGGUUGAAAUGAAGUUUUUGUGUUGUUUUGUAACAAGAAGCAAGCAGACCAUCAUAUCACCAUGUUACUUUAUUCUUUUUUCGUCUUGGGUUGAGUUACCAGCUCUUUAGUUGCUAAUGUGAGUGAGCACAUAUUGAUGGAUUGGCCUUCUAAUUGCGACUUAAAAAGACGUCGUGUAAUCAGAAGAGGGAUGGAGAGUAGUUCAAAGCUAAUGCCUGUAACACUGGUGCCUACUGAAAUUCUUAACACUUCACCUAGUGUACUUACUAAAACUAGAAUGAGAUGUAACGCCAUGCCUUUUCUUUUUUUUUUGUCAAAAUCAGUGACUUUUAUUUUUAGGCCUUUUCAAAAAAAAAAAAAAUCUGGAUUCCACUCCACGUACCAGGUAGUGACUAAGGUCUGCUCUGAAAUGCCAACUGAACCACCAGUGUCCUUUUUUUUUUUUUAAUUAGAUAAUUUACAAGAAUGUUCUAAAAAAUAUGUAGAUCCAGCUCUUGUCAAUGAAAUGUUUAUUGACUUGUCAAGCGAGUAGAGUCCAGCAAAUUACCUUGUUAUUCCCUGGUAUGGCACAAAGGGCACACCGAGCCGGUGUUUAGGACGAAAAACCUCAGCAGGCAGAGAGGAGGCGAGAAGGAGACAGGUGGAUGUUUUGUCUGUUGUUUAGCACUGUUUGUCCAUCAAAGCUGUGCCGUUCGGCUGAAUCUACUGACUUUUCUUUCUUUGAAAUUAAUCCAUGACUGUAUGUGUCUAAGUUACUACUACUGAUGAAGCCUUUUUGGUGACGCUGCCCUCGAGGGGAGUCUCUGGGCAGUAAAAUGGAUCUCUUUCUGUCUGUUCACGUAGAUGCUAUAUGGAUUCUUACCAGAGGGGUUGUAGCACUAAAAAGUUCAUGAUAUUUGUCUAAUCUGUCCUGAGAAGACUUGAUCAGAAUUUAUUUAUUAGUUUGACUUGGUUCAGGGUUUACCGUAGGUGUAGUUCUUAUUUCUAUGAGCUUGAGAGACGUGGCCGUCUUGCCUAGCGAUCUUGGUACUCAUUAACUGGUAUUGGGGCUGUCCAUUUUUUUUUCUCUGUGCAAAUCGAGUUACUGUAAUUGUAUUUUAAUAUAUUGUGUAGAAAUCUCUGCGGAGUGUUCAAGAUUUGUCACAUGGAACAUAGAGAAGCACUUGUUUUUAGCAUGCAUAUAGUUUCAACACUAUUGUCUAGGCUGCUAUUUCUUACUAUUUGUAUAUUUAAUGUAAAUAUAUACUAUAUUUAUCAAUUUUUUUUGUUUUGUUUUUUUCCAUGUUACAACACACGUAAGGUCGACAGAGUCAGGUGUCUUAUUAAGUCUGCAGUCUCUUAGUGUCAUGUCUUCCCCAGGGAGUUUGGUUCCUCUUCCAUAUUCAAAGACUUUAUUGGACUCCGCCUCACUACAAAUCAGAGCGCUUAAUGCUGCUCCGACUGCUGUUCUGCCAGAGGAAACAGUUGUUCACAAGCACAGCCACACCGAUAUGGCACCGGCUACCUAUAGAAACCAGACAAUACAGGCAUUGUUCGCCCCCCCCUCCACAACCAAGUCCCAGGUAGUUCUCAAGGGAUCAUUGUGUAUCUCUCUCCUAGCUGUGGGGAGAAAAGGCAGUUCAAGUGUCUCUUUGCACUUUUUUUUUCUGUAUUGAAUGGAGCCAUUGGAAUGUGAGAAAUGUAUUUAGCAAAGGGAGACCAAGGAGACUGUAAACAGGUGUAUUGUUUGGAGGCAUCAAAGAACAACCUCCCCCCUCCCUCCCUCCCCUUCCACCACCUUCCAUCCCAGCGUGCAGUAAAUAAAUGCUUCAUUGUUCCUCUACAUGCAGGAGACAUGACUAUGAAUUAUUAGAGUGUCGCGCUUCAAGUGCCAGAUUUGGAAAUAUUGUUGGGAUUGACGACAAUGCGUCUGCGGUGAUUGAGGUCAGCUCUAAGGUGCUGAUCAAGAGUCCAUUUCAGCUUUCGACACCCCGAGGUGGUUUUCUUUGGACUUCUUUCAGGAAAACAAGUGAAUUCACAUGUAAUUUCUCAGAAGGGUUUUCAGCAGUUUUUUUUUUGUGUUUCUGGAAAAGUCAAGAAGGAAUGACUGCAAUCUGUUUAACUCCCUGACCUGAAGUCAGCACUGGGGCUCGAAUGAAGGAGAAACACUCCUGUUGCUCACUCGCCCUGCCAGUUAGGUCACUCCAGUCAGAACGGUAGAUCUAUUACAGAUACGUAGAUGUCGCGUAGUGCUGAUGAUGUAUAUUUCAAUCAGAACACACAGGAAUGUAGUUUUUUUUUUUUUUUUUAAAUUAAAGGAACAUUUUUAUGUGGUGCAAGUUAAAAAUUUGCUCGAUUCUCUAAUGUACAUGUGUACAGAGGUAGACGAACUAACGACGUGUAAAGAAUUCUCUUCUUAUUGUUUGCAGUCUUUAUUUAUACCUCCAGGAUGAUCACCAAAUGUGCCUUGUAGACACACGGAUAGGUGUUGCAUCUGGAGAAGCCCUUUUUCUAUAUUGUACGUUUUUUGCCCUCGACUGCGGUGGUGAAGUUCACAUCACAGCAACAGUGGCCCGCUGACCAUUCACAACUGUUGUUCCUGUUUUUCUUUUUUUUUUUUUAAAAAGUCAUAUUAAAAAUGUUAAUUAAAACUUAAAGAUUAAAAGUCCAUUUAUUAGCGCUGCUUUGCGAGAGAUUUGAAAUUUAUGUGAAUAAAUUUGUUCUGGACGUGUUAAACUGAAGUCAAGCAUUUUUUUUUGGUGUGUGUUUUGGCUUUUAUCAGCCAAUACUACUGGGAACUAACAAUCCGUUCCUUCUUUUUUCUUUUUUUUUUAAUGUCACUGUUGAAUGUGAAACACUGAGAUUUUGAUUGUUGACUUGAAACAGUGCUACUCUUGAUCGAGGGCUAUGUUUGCCUAACUAAUGCUGUAUGAUCUUUGAAGUCAAAAAAAAAAAAAAACAAGACUGAUACUGGAAUUUUUUUUUUUGUCCUCUGCAGGUUACAACUGUGAAAUUGUGUAUAAUCAUGAGAAAUAUUUAUUAUUGCAUAUGCUUCUUGUGUAACAUUUGACUGUCUCGGUUUUAAUUUGGUUUCAAAAGAAAAAAGAGAAAAAAAAAAGGAAAAAAAAGCUUCUAAAUGUCAAAUGAAAAAUCUUUUUAAUAGAAUUUGUAGAAGUGCCAUUAGAAUUUAAUAUAAUUUUUUAAUAAGAAAGGUAUAUUUUAUAGUAAUCAAUUGCUUCAGUGUUAGUGGUGUAGAGAUUAGAGGACAAUCUUUAUGCAGAAUUUGACAUUGCUUAGAUAUUGAGGCAAUUUACUUUGAUCUAUAACUGUAUGUGCAUUUUUCUUUGUUUGCGCUUUCCGAGUGUGCUUGUGUGCGUGUGCUGUGGAAAUGUGACAAUCUUGAUUUAGGUCUUUAUUAAGAUUAUACAUAGAAUUAAAUGGAACAACUUUCA